CGGCGGGCGCGCGGUGCUAUGGCCGCCGGCUCCGCGGGCGCGCUCGCGCGGGCGCUGGGGGCGCUGGAUGGUGGUGGUGCAGCAGAAAAGAUUAGUUUAAUUCCUCAAGACUUUUUUGCAGAGCUGUGUGAACAAAUAAUUCAACAUCUGAACCAUAAGAUCCCCGGUAUAAAUACAGCUGAAUUGUGUCAGAGAAUUCAAACAUCGGGGGUUGACAUUAAUAUUGGUGACCUGGCAAAAAUAGCUAACACUCUUUCAUUUCUGUUUAGCACAGCAGCCAGAAACAACCUCUCUACAGAAGAGCUGGUCACCACCUUGGGCAGUGGCCUCAGCACACUGCCAAAACAUGCAGUUCAAGUUAUUCGUCAUGUGUGGAACGAGCAGGGCAAAGCCAUUGCUGUGUCAGAAGAUGCAGGAAACAUGGCCACAGUGGGGCAGUUUGUAGAUAUGAAAUGGAAACUGGGAGUGGCGAUGAGCUCUGAUACCUGCAGGUCUCUGAAGUACCCCUAUGUCACAGUGACGCUGACAGUGGCAGACCCUUCAGGACAAAUAACAGACAAGUCUUUUGAAAUGACAAUCCCACAGUUUAAGAAUUUCUUCAGACAGUUUAGGGAAAUGGCAUCUGUUCUUGAAACAGUUUGAAGGGAACUUUUAUUUCCAGUGAUGCAUUGGAGGAAGAUCAAGUAAACUUUCCGUUCUGCAUAAAGUAUCAUUGUUCAGCAAGGUAUGUAUCCUUGUCGUCUUGACAGGAAUUGGUCAGCAUCACCCUUGCGUUGCUGUGAAGAUUUCUUCACUUUUGAUUACUUGAAGUCAACUCUGCAGCGUUUGUGAAAAUGUGUCCGGCUUUGCUCAUCCUGAUAGACAAAAGAUCAGGGUGUGUAUGGAGAAGCCUCUCUGUAGACUUCCUAAUACCCACGAGUAAGAAACUACACACUAAACUCUUUACUGCAGAAAGACAACUGAAAAUGUUGACUGGGAAGAUACUGAGAGAAGUGUAAAUCCCACGCUGAUAUUUUUGUCUGUAAAAUUAGGAUGGGCUUGAACUCAACAGUAGUAUUACAUAUAAAGAGAAUAUGAAGUUACAUGUAACAAGCAUACAGUGACUCUUGAAGAAUGGCGUUGUCAGGUAGUUGAUUGCAGCUAUUUGCAGAUCUGGCUUCCAGUCUUUUGAUAACUGGAGAAUGCACUUGUCCUAACAGCUUGUUUAUUUCAAGUAUUUAUUUCCCACCACCUGGGCUUAUAAAGACUGAAUUAAUGCAUUAAGUUUUUCCAGAGACCCAAAAUACUCUCAAAUGAAGCCCAGAGACUAAUUUUACAUAAAGGCAGAAAGGCAAAUUAAUUUAAAGGUAUUUUAAUGGGUUUCUGCUUUUUCAUUUCAUCCAUUGUUAAUCUGUAGCAUUCUGCUUGAAGUUUUGGUCAGCAGUCUUCUUUCUAAUUAAAUUAAAAUAUUGAUGUAGUUACCUCACUUCAACCUCUGAACUAGAAAAGUCAAGAGGAAACUUGAAAAUUCAGACUUGAGAGGUAGGCAAGCACAUCAGAGAAAGGACCACACUAAAAGAUUUCUUUGUGUGUUGCAUUGUAACAGGAAGCCCCUGGCCUGUGUUCUGCAUGCUUGCCCUAAGAAGGUGUCCUAGCCAACAAAAUUUUGACCUUGAUGUUGAAGAAUGGGGGCAUUUCUAAAGGGGAGUGAUAAAUCCAAUAUGCUUUUAUGCUCUCUUAAUUUUUUUUCCUUGAAUUUUCUAUGAAACAGAAUAUACUGCAAAUAUUGUGGAAUGUAAUAAACACAAUACAUCUCCAGAUGUGCUGGUGGUGUAAUAGAACAGGUAAAUCUGAAGAGAGAUAAUUCACACUGAUAAGCAGAUUGAAGUUUCUGCUUCAACUUCAGGCUGGUAGAGACUGAGUACCAGCUUUGCUGGGGCAGAUCCUCAAAUGAUUUCAGGCCCACUUAAAAUGCUGACAUCUACUCUACCUUUCUAACUCAAAUCUGUUUUUUAAUUUAACAUUUUUAAGAGCUAGCUGAAAGUCAUUGACACAGGUUAUGCCUGCCUUUCUAUGCUGUGAAAAUAAACUGCAGCACAUUGUGCAUAUGCAAACAAUCCUUUCAGGAAUGCCCCUAUUUUAGGCAUUAUGCAAGAUGCAUAAAAACAGUACUUGGAAUUGAUUAGAAGUCCAAAUGAGUGAGUGUUGGCUUUGACAAAAGUUUUUGGCCAUGACCAUGGAUCUGGAUGAUUCCUUAUGCUGGUUGAAGUCUGAGGUGUUUGCUUUGUGGCUGGGAAGAGCAGAUUGGUCUCAUCUGGGACCCUCCUGAUGCAGUGUCACAAAAUGUUUUUGGGAGCACACUUACCAUUUGCCUCUUCCCUUGUCUGUCUGCAAGGGCUCAGGGCUGAACAUAGAGCAAACAAAUAUGUAUGGAAAAGUGGUUUCCAUACAUAUGGAAAUCAGCUGGGGAGCAGCUAAUUUUUUUUGUUGUUGUUUUUUAAUUUGCAGAAGUUGGAGUGUAAGGCUGCUAUAACUGGAAAACAUUGUCAUGCUUUGGCCUAAUGGAAUAAUUGUUUUACAUAAAUGGAAGAGUUACAGAAAAAAAUAAGGUUGUCUUUUUUUUUUUUAUAAAGCUGGAGCCUUAUAAAUUACUUCCUGUGUGUUCUGAUGGACAUAAAUUCUUCAUAUAGUUGGAAAUACUUGUGCCUUCAUUGUAACUGCAUGGAAAAGAUUUAAUUAAUCAUGUCUUAACAAUCCAGUAGAUGUUGGAAGGUAAUGAGGAAACUCCCAGCUAGCAUUUUUGCUUGCUCUGUCAGCAAGUGGAGAAAGUUGUCAGCCUUUGUAAAGACUUUUGUCAAGUCAGAUAUUCUAGAAGUAUUGAUGGAUAUUUUUUUAAAUGUCCCUGAACUCCAGCAUGUUGUAAUUCUGCUGGAAGAUGCUUGGACAUGUAUACUAUACCAAUUUACAGUCAUGAGAAUUUUCAGAGGAGUUACGAUUUAAAGUUGGCUUUGUACUCAGACUUUUGAAAUGUAUUGAAAUGCUUUGAAAUGAUCCUGAUCGCUAUCAGCAGGAAUUCCUCUACUGAGUAAUGGAAGAAUUCAGUAUUUUAUUUAAAGGAAACCAAACAAAAAAUGUAACAGUUCUAAGGAUAGCAAUACUAAUAUGUCCAAACAAGCUGGUGAUUUGUUUGUCUAUAUGUGCAGAAACCAGAUCUUUUUAAAGAGAAAUGGGAGGCCUUGUGUGUUCCUAAUUCUAAUUGUUGAUUAAUAGAAAUUGUAUAACAUGAAUAUUUUUCUAAGUCCACAUACAGUCAUUAAAAAUGUAGGUAAUAAAGA